AUGAGGCGGACUAAUGGCAAGGGGUUACGUUGGACGAGGAGCACGAAGAAACCAGCCGACUCUCCAUCCCCAGAAGAUAAAGGACGCACUUUGCACUACAAACUUGAAAAGUCAUACGUGGUGGAGAUGGUAUGCAUCAACACUCCAAAAUCAUACGCCAAGCAAUUCAAACAGAUGAUGGAGUGUGACAAACGUGCAAAGAAGAUUGUCGAACAAGUUGAGGACAUUGUUGUUUCACAACACUUUCACACUGAUGGUGAAUCUCGUUAUCACAAGGAUCUGAUUAAUCUAACUGGAGUUGUCAAUCUUAUGAGCCAGCAGCUGACGGCUCUAUGUGAAGCUAUAGUACUGACAGUGGCACCAAGACCUGGUGUCGAGCAGCCACCUAGUCUAUCUCAGCAGCUCCACACCCAACUUCUCCAACUGAAGCAGCAGCUACUGAUGCCUCUACUGACUCUUCUCCAUCCACGCAUUCCAACAGCAGCUAGCACAAUCUAG